GGAAGUUGACCCAACAUGCUGAUUUUUAUAAUAUACCACCAACUAUCACUAAAUUAAAAUAUAUUGUAUUGAUGUUCUAAAUUGAAGCAAGAAAUUGCCUGUCUUCCCACCAGGAAAUCAACUCAAAUCAUUUUCACAUCUACACAGGUAUGGGUAAUAUCUUCUCAAUCUCACUUUCACUCGAUCCCAUCAUUAACCGUUGCUGGGAUUGUGCUACUGGACAGGCAAGUUAUAUAUGCAACCUCGAAGAUAACCUCCACGCUUUUAAAAAUGAAGUGGAAGAAUUGAAGGCAAUCAGGAGUGAUCUGAUGAGCAAGGUCAGAAUUGCUGAAGAUGAGCAGCAGCUUAAGCGGCUAGACCAAGUUGGUCUUUGGCUUUCGAGGGCUGAAACUUUUUUGAUAAACGAUGCUGAUCAACUGAUUGUCCAAAGUCCUCAGCAUGUUGAAAAGUUAUGUAUGGGAGGUUGUUGUUCCAGGCAUCCCAGGUCCACCCACAAGUUCGGCAAGCAAAUCGACGGAAUACUUCAAGAGGUGAAAGACCUGAAGGGAAAAGGAGAUUUCAGUGAUGUGGCCAGCAAGCCACCACUUCCUUCAGCAACUGAAAGACCUAGUGAGCCAACUGUGGGUUUAGAGUCCAAUUUCAACAAGGUUUGGAGCUGUCUUCAAAAGGAACAAGUGGGAAUUAUUGGCAUAUAUGGCUUAGGAGGGGUUGGCAAGACAACCCUCCUAAACCAAAUCAAUAACAAAUUCCAUGAUACUACCCAUGAUUACCAUGUCAUUUGGGCAGUUGCAUCGCAAGAUCGGCCAAUUGAGAGAGUCCAGGAGCAGAUUGCCGAAAGAAUAGGCCUUUCUAAUAAUGGUUGGAAAUCUAUUGAUGAGAAAGCCGCGGACAUCUUCAACGUCUUACGUAAAAAGAAGUUUGCAUUGUUGUUAGAUGAUAUAUGGGAACGGUUUGAUCUCACAAGAGCUGGGGUACCUCUUCCAACACAAGGAAAUGGCUCUAAAGUCAUUUUCACAACUCGUCGUCGUGAUGUGUGCUGUCAAAUGCAACCGAACAUGGAUAAUAAUAUCAGAGUGGAAUGUUUACCACCCGGAGAAGCUUUCAAACUGUUCGAGGAGAAGGUUGGAUCAGAGACCCUUCGAAUGCAUCCAGAUAUUUGCAAGUUAGCUGAAGCGGUGGUUGAUGAGUGUGCAGGACUACCUCUCGCUCUCGUUACAAUUGGGCGGGCCAUGGCAUCCAUGAAGACCCCUCCAGAGUGGGAAUAUGCUAUUGAAGUUUUAAGGCAAUCAGCAGCUUCUGUGUUCCCAGGGGUAGGGAAAGAGAUGUAUCCCAAGUUAAAAUUCAGUUAUGACUGUUUACCUAAUGAAAGGUUCAGAUCUUGUUUCUUGUAUUGUUCUUUAUAUCCAGAAGAUCAUCCUAUCGAAAAAGACCAACUAGUAGAUUGUUGGAUCGGGGAAGGACUUUUGGACGAGCAUACCAAUUUGAGGAAUGCCAGAAACCAGGGACAUUACAUCAUAGGUUCUCUUAUUGAUGCAUGCUUAUUGGAGAAAGGGCCUAGUAAUGAUAGUGUAAAGAUGCACGAUGUGAUUCGUGACAUGGCCUUGUGGAUUGCUGGUGAAUCUGAGAAGGAGAAGUUUUUUGUAAAAUCAGGUGUUCAGUUAAAGGAACAACCAAAAGCUAAUAAGUGGGAAGAGGUAAUAAGAAUAUCGCUGAUGGAUAAUCAAAUUGAAAGUCUAUAUGAGAUAUUGGCAUGCCCCAAUCUGCAAACUUUAUUUCUUGGAAGGAAUCAUUUGGAGGUGAUCAUCAGUGAUUUUUUUAACUUCAUGCCGAUGCUAAGGGUUCUGGACUUGUCCCACAAUAGUAAUUUGAGAAAACUGUCGGCUGGAAUUGCAAAGUUGGUUUCACUAGAACAUCUCAAUCUGUCAUCGACAGGAAUAAGAAAGCUGCCAGUCGAAUUGAAGGCCCUAAAAGAGCUGAAAUAUUUGAAUCUAGAGUGGACAAACCAUCUAGAAAUGAUCCCACAACAACUUAUAUCCAGUUUCUCCAAGUUGCAAGUACUGAAAAUGGAGGGAUGUGACUGUGACUGUUCAUUGGUUUUGGAGGAAAUGAAGCAUUUAAAAUAUUUGAAUGUGUUGACCAUUACUUUUAGAAGCGCUUCAGAGUUGGAAAAAGCUUUGGUGUUCAACAAGUUCUUCAGCUGUGCCAUUGAACAUGCAACCCUUCAACAUUUCAGAGGUUCAAGAUCAUUGAAUAUUUUUGAUUUAGCAAAUUGGCAGCAUCUAAAAAGUUUAAUACUUUUGGGUUGUAUGGAUCUAGAAGUGAAGAUCGAAAGUAACGUAGUUGAAGGUGCAGGAUGCUUCCAUAGCCUUCGAUUUCUAUACCUAGACGACUGCAAUCAAUUGAGGGAUGCGAGUUGGGUAAUUUUUGCUCCACUCUUGCAACAAUUACUGAUAAAUGGCUGCAAAAAUUUAGAAGUAGUUAUUAGUGAAGAAAAACUUCGUGAAGUCACUAAGUACAAGGCAAAUACAAACUUAUUUUCUAAGCUCGAGGUUUUGAAUCUAUAUUUUUUGCCCAAAAUGAAGACAAUAUAUUGCCAUCCUCUGCCUUUUCCGCAGUUGGAAAAAAUCAAAAUUCUAGGAUGUCGAAUGUUGAAGAAGCUACCGUUAAACUCCAAUAGUGCAAAAGGAAAAAGGCUCGUCAUUGUAGGAAGGGAGGAAUGGUGGAAUGAUCUAGAAUGGGAGGAUGAAUUCACUCGAAUUGCUUUUCUCCCCUCUUUCAAAUCUCGUGAUCUAUGAAAUGUUGGAUAUUAAUCAAGGCUUAAAGCCCUCAUUGUAUCAUAGCAUACCUCACUAUAAGUUGUAUUUUGCCUAUCCCUAAAUUACAUGCAGCUUGGUUCUUUGUUUUACACAAUGACUUGUUCAUUUACAUAAAAUAAUGUGUUUGAAUUUGAGCGUAAA